GAAGCGCACUCGGAUCCCCUUUAAAUGGACAGAGACUGCCUGUCUGAGUACGAUAAGUUAUGUUAAUCGUUGCAGUGUAUGUGGGUUAUUUCCUGGUCUUCACAGACAAAUCAGCGGCAGAUCAAAAUACCUCAAAUGCCCUACACGGCUGUACCAGUUACAAUCCCCUAAACGCUAGUGUUUACAAGGCAAAUCUUGAUCCAGUCUUGAAUUCGCUUGCCAAAGACAUCUCAACUUCUCGUUUUGGGAAUAAAUCGCAGGGAACCGGCGGCGAUGAAGUGUAUGGCCUUGCUCAGUGCAGGGCCGACUUCCCUCUCUCUCACUGUGUCCAAUGUUUUCAAGAGGCACGGGACCAGCUUGCCCUGUUUUGCCCUACACAAAAUGGAGGCCGAGUGUAUGUCGACGGAUGUUUCCUGCGCUACGCGAAUGCUACAUUUUUUGCCCAGCCUUACGACACCGGCUCCUCUAAUUGUAGCUCUUCCUCCAACAGCAGCGCCGAGAAAUUUUCAGAGAAAACGCUGAAAUUGAUUACCGACACCGUUGGCAGAGCUCCUGCAAAUAACAGUUUUGCAAUUGCUUGGACAGAUGAUUCGACUUCCUCCACAAAUAUAUAUGCUCUUGCUGAAUGUUGGGAGUCUCUUGCUUCUGACGGCUGCCAAACAUGUCUGGAGCAGGCUCAGAAUCAGAUAGGCAACUGUCUUCCAUCCACGCAAGGUCAAGUGCUCGAAGCCGGCUGCUAUUUGCGAUACGACACGAAUUCUUUCUUUUCUCUCAACGGGCUUGCAGCGACAAACACAGACCAAGGUGGAGGAUCAAAAUCGAAGACUGUGGGGAUUAGUGUCGGAAUUACAGGGGGAGCAGUUCUCGUAAUAGUGGCCGCUUUCUUUGCCUAUUUCAAAUUCAGACAACCCACUUUUGGGAGUGAACGGCUUGACAUAUAUCAGCCAGGUGAUUUCCGUUGUCAAUUCGCAGGCGAGGAAUCAAAUUUUGGGGAAAAAGCUGUGAGGUUUGAUUACGAACAACUUAGAGAGGCAACUGACAGUUUCGAUGACAAGAAUAAGAUUGGGGAAGGGGGAUUCGGCCAGGUUUAUAAGGGAACACUGCAGAGCGGGAGGCAGAUAGCUGUAAAGAGGCUGCUUGCAAGCGAGUCGGAAAGAGUCACAAACGAAUUCUGGACAGAAAUUGAGGUUAUCAGCAGUGUCUCUCAUAGGAAUCUGGUUACGUUGCUGGGAUGCUGUACGCUACAAGACCAAAGGUUUCUCGUGUUAGAAUACAUGGCAAAUCGAAGCCUCGACAAACAUCUCUUUGGUAAGAGAAAAACUAGCCUAAGUUGGGAAGCACGAUUCGACAUCAUAUUGGGCACAGCGAGAGGUUUGGCUUACAUCCAUGAGCUCCAUGAGCAUUCUCAUGUACGCAUUGUGCACAGAGACAUUAAAGCUGCCAAUAUUCUGUUAGAUGACAAAUUCCAGCCCAAAAUUGCAGAUUUUGGAUUGGCAAGGCUCUUUCCUCACGACAGAACCCAUCUCACUACAAGGGUUGGGGGAACACUAGGUUAUACGGCUCCAGAAUAUGCAGUCCAUGGUCAGUUAACAGAAAAAGCCGAUGUGUACAGCUAUGGAGUGGUCGUUCUGGAGAUUAUUAGCGGUCGAAAGUCUAUCCAGACGGGACUUCCAUGUGAUACGCAGCAUCUACUACCCUGGACGUGGAGACUAUAUCAAAGAAAUGAAGGGUUGAGUAUUGUGGAUCCAAGGUUGGAAGGAAAGUUCGGUGCAGAACAGGUGUUGAAAGUAAUGAAUAUUGCCCUUGCGUGCACGCAUGACUCUCCAUCAAAAAGACCGUCAAUGUCAAAUGUUGUAUCAAUGCUUGCCCCAGUGUCAGUGGAGGCAAGACCAGUAAAACCUACGUUUAUGGAGAUUGAUAGUGAUGCGCAGCACAUGUUAUCUGGCUCCACAUCACAGUUGGGAUCCUCCUCAGCAGCAGGGCCAUCCAAUUCCUCUGCAUCUAUCACCCACUCUUUACAGGCUCGCUGAAAAUAGAAGUGUCAAACAGGUAAAAACAUUUUUGGGGUAUUCGACAUCUAUAUAUGAAUUCUUGGAUAGUUCAUAAUGCACGUUCAACAAGAAAUUUAGCUGAGUGAGGUUGUUUCUUGCAGAAAACUGUGUGUAGCAUCAAUCUAAAAAUAAUAUAGUUUUUUUCCAGAAUGUUUUCCCUAAAUUUUUAAUGGAAUGUCAAAACCUCUUGCCAAGUAAAUGGAGAGUGAAAGCUUCAUGUUUGUUAAAAAAAUUAGCUGAUGUAAUUGUACUGUUUUCCCGUGUCUAUUGAGAAAUGCUGUUGAAAAACUUUCAAACCGAAGACACCCAAAUCAUUGUCUCCUCAAAGAGACCAGAUUUUUCACAUUGAGCUCGCUAGAAUGUUCAGGCCUGGCACAGAUUAGAAUUCAAUAUAUAGCUGAUAAAAAACUUUUCUUUUUGGAAUGUUGGAAUGGCUUAUCGUGCGUACAUCUCAUACAAUACUAGAGGGGUUCGAUACCUCCUUGCCUCCAUAUAAUAAUAACACAUGUUUACGCCAAUAAGCUUUCCCCUGUGAAGCGAGGCAAGCUCCUAUACAAUGCCAGUCUGGAAUUAAUGGUCUCCCUCCUAGCAUGGGUAUAAUAUGAUUAUCAAAAUGAUCUAAACCACUCAUGUCAAUACCAGUAACAGUGUUAACAUCAAAUUGCAGCAGUAGCAAGUCAGUUGUUUGUGUAGUAGUUAAGCAAGGUGGUUAUGAUCUCAUUUUUGCCAGUUUCGAUGUUUCCUUGGCUAGGGAGUGGUUUUUGGCUCCUACAGAGGAUGAUGACCAUGGUCACAGUAUUGAAUUUAUGGCUAGAAUUGAUUAGGGGAUUGCCUGAAAACAACUUUUUUCUUGGCCCAAGUUCAUUUUCCUUAGGGAAGCGUGCAAUUAUGGAGAGUGGGAUUUUCCCUUUUAAAGCAGAUCUGUGAAUGGAAGGCAGCUCUGAUUCACCUAUUUUCGGCUACAAAGGUACCUUCUUCGUCUCCUACUGCUGUAUGUGUCCUGUGGUGAAGUGGCUGGUCUGCAGCCUAGGCAUUAAUCUGGUAGUUUUUGUACUUGAUGCGGAGGAGGAAGGGCUGAGUAGGGAUAUUCACAAGACCUUGGCUUACAUGAUGGGUGGAGGUAUUGGUAGAGGAGAAGAAAAGGUGUCGGCACCUGUACUGCCUGUGUUUGUCAAAGGGAAGCUGCUUGGCGACCUUGAUUGCCUCAUGGCCAUGCAUAUUGGUAGAAAUCUUGUGCCCAGCCUUAAAGAAGCGGGGGCCUUGUGGCUCUAAAGUUUCUUCUAUUCAUAUCUGCUUUUGGUUUUCAGUUUAUGUGCUUUGUUAGGGAUCUAGUUGUAAGAACCCAGAAAAUCUUGUAUCUUGUUAUUUGAAUUUCUUUUUUGGAAUUC